AUGGUUAUUCCUGACCACACCAAGAUUGCACCAGUUUCGUCACUCAUUAAUAAAUUUGAACAAAAUCCAGACGAAGCGUCAAACCAAACAAAUUCUCGAGCUCGUAGCCCUAAUCCUGGAAAGAUAGUUCAUAAUUAUGGGACUUCUGAUGGAAAGUCAGGUGAAGACCAAGUUAGCAUUUCAGCAAGCAUUACGACCGAAAAAAAAACAGAACAAAAUACCGAAACAGUUCAAACAAGUGAACCAAGUCAAGAGACUGAAACUUCUGUUGUUAAAGCUGCUACAACUAGUGCAACAACCAACGUUCCGUCUGAAAAGAACGUAAAGAAAACCGGUACUACCACGAAAAAGACAGUCAAACCUACAAGUACAGUUAAACCUUUAGCAACAAAGAAAACGACACCAGCUGGUCAUACUUCAACCGAUAAAAGUAAAUUAUCAAGUGGUUCAUCAGCUGUUCGUUCCAAGUCUCCGGGAGCAAGACCUGCGGUUACUUCAACCAUCAAAACUAAAUCUUCUGCCACUUCAGCUCCCAAACAACCAACAAAAACCACACAUGUUAAAACUCCUGUAGCCGAGAAACCUAAAACAAGUUCAACUGUCACAAAAACAGUAACGGCCUCAAAACCUAUUGCUAAGCCUGCGCCUAAAACUGUUUCUACCCCUCUUUCUACAUCUGCUUCUGAGAAAAAAACAUCAGUUACUAAAGUUCCUGGAAAGGCACAAGUAAAGACUGCUGGCGCAACCUCUAAAACAAUUAAAAAACCUACAGAUAAGAAAGCACCAGAAAGAAAAGCAACUUCUUCUAAUAAUUCCGAAAAAAAAGAAGUUACUCAAUCAGAUGAAAUUAUCCAAUCAGGGGAAAUUGAUGUUAAAUCCGAAGGUUCAAAAGAUAAUGAGACUGUAGAAGAACAUGAAUCCAACGAACAAUACGAAGAAGAACUUCACGAAAAGGAAUCUUCAGAAAAGGAAUUUCAAGAGAAUCAAAGUGAAAUUUCAGUUAACGAAUCUCAUGGAGAAGUUUCAGUUACCGAUUCAGAGGAUAAAUCCCAUAUUGAGGUUAUAGAAGAAAUUCAUGAAGAUGAGACCGAACGUCAAUCAAAUGUCGAAGCUUCUGAAGAACCUCCAGCUAUUGUUGAUGAAGAAUUGGCAGCUGAAACUGAUCAAGUUACUGAAUCUCAAACAGAAACUACUGAAUCUCAAACAGAAAUCAUUGAGAAAUCUAUCGAUUUAAAUACUACAGAAUCCCUCUCUCAAACAAAAUUCAUAGGUUCUGAUGUCGUUGAAACCACGACAGUUGAGACGGUUGAAAUUGAGAGGGAACCAUAA